CCUGUAGAUGGAAAAGGAUGAUAUAAUAAAAUUCCACGGACCAGACAACAAAUAAAAGAGUUCGGUGAAACAUAAAACGCCACCUCACCUACACCAAACCAGAAAAAUUACAUUCAAACACAACACUUCUCACAGUAUCCAACUAUAAUUGUCCACUUCAGAUUCAAAGAUUUCAGUUUGAGAUCAAAGAAUCUUGAUUUGGAAAUGGGUUCUGGGCAGUGGAGCGUAGAGAAAAGAUCUGAGUUAAGAAAUGAUUCGUUCGUUAGAGAAUAUGGGAAUGUGCCUGAAACUGGCUGCCUCUCAAUUAUUGUGCUGGGUGCUUCUGGUGAUCUUGCCAAGAAGAAAACUUUCCCUGCUCUCUACAAUCUUUACCGCCAUGGUUUUCUUCCUGCAGAAGAAGUUCAUAUAUUUGGGUAUGCAAGGACUAAGAUUUCAGAUGAUGAUCUUAGAAAUCGUCUUCGCGGAUUUCUAGAAAAAGGUUCUUCAUCCACUCAGUCUGAAGAUUUAUCAACAUUCCUACAGUUGAUCAAAUAUAUAAGUGGCCCUUAUGAUACUGAAGAGGGUUUUAAGCUGCUCGACAAGGCAAUUUCAGAGCAUGAAUUAGCAACUCAGAGUGCAGAAGGAUCAUCCCGGAGACUAUUUUAUUUUGCACUUCCGCCAUCAGUUUAUCCAGUUGUUUGCAAGAUGAUAAAAAAAUGCUGCAUGAAUAAAUCUGAUCGAGGUGGAUGGACUCGAAUUGUUGUUGAGAAGCCUUUCGGCAGAGACUUGGAAUCUGCAGAGAAACUAAGUAACCAGAUUGGAGAGUUGUUCGAGGAACCCCAAAUCUACCGUAUUGAUCACUACUUGGGAAAAGAAUUGGUGCAAAACCUGUUGGUGCUUCGUUUUGCAAAUCGCUUCUUUUUACCACUUUGGAAUCGUGACAAUAUUGACAAUGUUCAGAUUGUGUUUAGGGAGGAUUUUGGAACUGAAGGUCGCGGCGGAUAUUUUGAUGAAUACGGAAUUAUCCGCGAUAUUAUCCAAAAUCACCUGUUGCAGGUUCUUUGUCUAGUUGCCAUGGAGAAACCAGUCUCUCUAAAACCUGAGCACAUUCGAGAUGAGAAAGUGAAGGUUCUUCAAUCAGUACUUCCUAUCAAAGAUGAAGAGGUUCUUCUUGGACAAUAUGAAGGCUAUAGGGAUGAUCCAACCGUUCCUGACAAUUCAAACACUCCGACAUUUGCAACUGUUAUUCUGCACAUUCAUAAUGAAAGAUGGGAAGGCGUUCCUUUUAUAUUGAAGGCUGGAAAAGCAUUAAAUUCAAGAAAAGCAGAGAUACGCGUUCAAUUUAAAGAUGUCCCGGGUGACAUAUUCAAAUGUCAAAAGCAAGGAAGAAAUGAGUUUGUCAUACGCUUGCAACCUUCCGAAGCAAUUUACAUGAAACUUACGGUCAAGCAGCCUGGACUAGAAAUGUCAACUGUUCAAAGUGAAUUAGACUUGUCAUAUGGACAACGUUAUCAAGGGGUUGCCAUUCCAGAGGCUUAUGAACGCCUUAUCCUUGACACAAUCAAAGGCGAUCAGCAGCAUUUUGUUCGUAGAGACGAGUUGAAGGCGGCGUGGGAGAUCUUUACUCCCCUUCUUCAUAGGAUCGACAAUGGUGAAUGCAAAUCAAUCCCAUACCAACAAGGCAGCCGAGGGCCUGUGGAGGCUGAUGAACUGCUGGCGAAAGCUGGAUAUGUUCAAACACAUGGCUAUAUCUGGAUUCCUCCCACACUGUAGGAAUGUAGCAGGCUUGCUUACGAGACCAAAUAAUACAGUUUCCCGGUUGCAAUACGAGUUGGGGUUUUCUGUGAGCUCAUAUAAUGAAUCUACAAUAUCUAGUUACGUUAUCAUCCUACCUACGACUGUUUAUAGUUUGUUAAGAGAAAUCACAUGUUGGCUUGAUUGAUCAACUGCCACCCGAUACAUAAAUAUGCUGUAGUGUGUAUAAUAAGUGUUGCUGAUAAAAACUGUGUUGAGCCAUUGUUAUCUAUAUUGAGUUUCUUUUAACAUCA